AUGUCAUUGUUUGUAGUCCUCUAUAGAAGAACAUGGUCGCAGCCUCCAUCCUUUAUCUAUCAUUGACAAAUACUUAUAUAUCAGUUGUAGAUUUUGCAACGACGUCGCAACAGCUGAUUGUAGAAUUCCACCAGGUAGGAUUAAGGAAACAAGACGGUGAAUAUCCUUAACGGCUGGACGUGAAAUGCUCAUCAGUCACUCAAAAAUGAGACAUAGACCUAAAAUCUUGGGCAACAAGCACAAUGCUACGCUCAACCUGGAUCUCUGGCUUCAUCGUAUAUUAUGAGAAGACAGCAGAAUAAAGGAGUGGUCUAGAAAUGAGGAGUAAAGAAACACGUAAACGAGGUUUCGACGGACAAACGCUGCGCUAAAAGAGAACGGGGGAGGAGAGCAGAAGAAAUCUACCAGUUUAAUAUCUUCUGAUUACAAUGAUGGCAGCUAAGUCGGAUGGGGUCUUGAAAUUAAAGAGGAACGAUGUGGCCUUCACGCCGUUGCAGAACUCCGAGCACUCCGGCUCGGUGCAGGGGCUGCACCUGGGUCAACAGACCGACUCAGCAUGCAUCCUGGACGUGGAUUUUCCGAACGGGGAAUCUCAGUGCUGCGGUCGGGGAGGCUCCAACUCGCCUUGCUUCCGUCUAAGGAGAGAACAGCAAAAAUAUAUGAUAUGGGACUGCUUGUGGAUUGUUACCGCAGUGUCUGUUUAUCUGGCUGAUGUGGGAACCGACGUGUGGCUUUCAGUCGAUUACUAUCUUCGCCAGGACUAUUGGUGGUUCGGCUUGACGCUUUUUUUUGUGGUGUUGGGUUCGUUUUCGGUCCAGCUGUUUAGUUUUCGAUGGUUCGUCGCUGACUUCAGUACAGAGGACAACGUUGAAUCUGCCGUCGGUUGCCCCCAGUUGGACGGGAGUAAACUACAGCUGAGUGGCUCGGCCUCUCAAGGCGAUGUUCCCGUUCAGCAGCAACCGGCCACACUGCAGAGGCAGAUGUCAACUGCCAGCAAGAACACUGCUACUAACAGCACCGGCAGCACAGCGAUGGGCAGAAGAGGCACGAAACGGUCGCUCUAUUACUCAGUCUGUGUGUGGUUAUGCCAGUCUAUAAUACACAUUCUCCAGCUGGGUCAGAUAUGGAGGUAUUUCCGUACCAUGUAUCUGGGAAUACGGAGUCGUCAGAGUUCGAAGUCAGAACAUUGGCGAUACUACUGGAAGAUGGUGUAUGAGUUUGCUGAUGUGAGCAUGUUGCAUUUACUGGCCACCUUUCUGGAGAGUGCACCUCAGCUGGUGUUGCAGCUGUGCAUCAUCAUACAAACACACAAUCUCCAGGCUGUUCAAGGAAUGACAGCAGCAGCCUCACUUGUCUCUCUUGCAUGGGCUUUAGCCUCCUACCAAAAGGCUUUACGAGAGUCCCGGGAUGACAAAAAGCCCAUUGGCUACCUUGCAGUUAUCAUCCAGUUCUGCUGGCACUUCUUCACUAUUGCAGCCAGGGUCGUCACAUUUGCCCUCUUUGCCUCUGUUUUUCAACUCUACUUUGGCAUCUUCAUUGUCCUGCACUGGUGCAUCAUGACUUUCUGGAUUGUCCACUGUGAGACAGACUUCUGCAUCAGCAAAUGGGAGGAGAUUGUGUUUGAUAUGGUGGUGGGCAUAAUAUAUAUCUUUUCCUGGUUCAACGUCAAAGAGGGAUGUACAAGGUAUCGACUGUCAAUCUAUUAUGUAGUGAUCCUGGUGGAGAAUGCGACUCUCAGUGCAUUGUGGUAUCUUUACAGAACACCUAAAACCACUGACGCCUUUGCAGUCCCAGCACUAUGUGUCAUUUUCAGCAGUUUCCUUACUGGUCUGGUUUUUAUGCUCAUGUACUAUGCUUUUUUCCAUCCCAAUGGUGCUCGCUUUGGACGCUCUGCUAGCUGCCAAGAGCUUGAUAUGGACCCAACAGCUCAGUUCUCCACACUACCUUCUGAUGGUGGAACCAACUCACUGCGUUCCAACCGAGGAGCCACUGGAACUUUAGAGCGUGACACUGGAAAGUAUUCGGAACGGGAUAGCUGUAUCCCAGUGUUUCAGGUCCGACACCCAGUGCCAUCCACUCCUUCAUCGCGUGCUCCACGACUAGAUGAGACUGUUAUUAAACUUGACCUUUGUAGGAAUCAAUACCCAGCCUGGGAACGUCACGUUCUUGACCGCAGUAUACGGAAAGUCAUCUUGGCUAUGGACUGUUCCAUGACUCCUCCUCGUCUCAUGUACAAGGAUGACGCCAUGGUGCAUGAGCAACUGGAAUAUGAGACUACGUUGUAGUUUACCUGCUAUGAUAGUAAUAGUGCAGCAUCAUGUUCUAUAAACAGUUGGAGGAUUUGUGACUAUCCUUAGUCUAUUUUUUCACACCACGUACUUUUAGUCGCGUCAGGUUUAUUGCAGCCUCUUCAAACUAAUGGAUCUAGUUGGCACUCUUGUAUAGUUACUUUCAUUCACCAGAGGAUUUAAAACAAGAGCAUAAAUUUGACAUGAAACCCCUGCUGAAAACUGAGAUAAGGUACACCAUGAUAUAAAUGAUAUUCAGUCAAACAUGAACAGUUCCAAAAUGAUUAUGCAGACAUUAACCUUCUGUCACCGUCAAAACACCUACAUGUUGGUCAAUGGGUACAUGAGGACACCAGUGUCCUUAUUAUAGUCAAUGCGUCUUUUUAAAACAACUUUAAUUUUUUUUUGUAGAACGGAUGAUAAACACCCUGUUUUGGUAGUUCCAUGAGGUUCCUGGAACUCAUCUUUUAGUAGUUAUUCAAGGCACAACUCUAACUUGGCAAGGAUUAGUAAGUUUCUUUGUGUCUCUAAAUAUUAAUAUGUUAGGAAUACCUCAAUUCUCCACACACAAAUAGUGAACUAUAGGAAGCCAGCUGUCAAAGUAGCAUUUAUGUCCAAUCAUUCCUUUGUUUAUUUAUUUUUUGAUUAAAUUAACCAACUCUGUCUAAAUGAAGCAGAAAAUAGCAAACCAAAAGGAUGAAAUAUAAAGAGAAACCAGCCAGUUAUUUUUUUUACUAGAUCAGACACACAGAAUCCCAGAAAAAAAAAAAAAGGCCACUUAGACAGUCUGCUCAGUGAAACCAGUCUUUACACAUCUCUGGUGGUGACCAAGGAAAAUGUAAGGAAUGGACAGAGGAUGGAAGGAGAACAUGUCACAAAAAGGGGAGGAAGAUGGAGAAGAAGAGAAAAUGUUGGAAGGCUUCUACCUUUGUCAGAAUAAAUACAAGGAUUUGUAGUUCUCGGCUGCAAUAUGAAACAUCGUUUUAAUUCAAAGAAAAGGUACUGUAAAAAAUAACCAAAGUCAUUGUAAUUUACUUGGCCUUCAUCUUGAAGUGUAUUUACUUUGAAAACCAAGUUUGUGGGCGUGUGUGUAUUGACAAAAUGCAGAGAAGCUCUGGUGGACUAGUAGCUGCAUGUCUGAAUUUGCUCUUUGCUGUCACUCAGUGAUCCGGGGAAGAUCACUAAAAACAGACUAUUAGCUUAAGUAGCAACUAUCUUCAGUUUAGAGAUAUGUUUCCAAAAUCUGCAUAGUACUGUGAAUAAUGUUUAUAGUACUAAAGUUUCUAUAUUUCUUUCAAAUGAGCUAACAAGUAGAAAGAACUUCUAUAGUUUGCUUAAUAAUGGGCCUGAUUACUGAAUACUGAAAAAAUAGCUUUUCAGCUUACUGUAUCACAUCUAAAAUAUUAGCUUACCAACAAAAACAAACUCUGUUUUUAAACAAAAUUUUAUUUCUUGGGUUACAUUAAAUCAACAUUUUUAAAAGUAAAAAUAUAGCCAUCUUUUUCA